AUGAUGGAGCUCUCAUAUCAGUCUAUGAAAGUCGCCCAUCAGGCUCGGGAAGCGGAUGAGCUGAGGACUGAGAUGAGGAAGAAGAGCCUUCUCAUCCUCAUCUACCACCACCUGCUGGGGCAAGGCUACGUAGCUGCAGCAGUGGCCUUGGACCAGGAGACUAACGCAGGUGUGAGGAAGUUCGAGGUGUGUGAUAACAUCGAUCUGGAGAUGGUGCUGAUGGAGUAUGAGAGCUAUCACUACGUCAAGUUUCAGAAAUAUCCCAAACUCAUCAGGAAAACAGUAGAACCAGGUGAAAGCAGAUCUGCAAAAAAUGGUGGAAUAAAGAGGAGUACCUGUUCAGCUGUGAAGCCUCUUCCCAAAAUCAACCCAUCACAGAGGCCGAACUCUGGAGGCACAACCAGGAAGACCGCUGCUAACGAGGAUGGCUCUUCUGUUCCUUCAGAGUCAUCAGAGUUUGGUCUCAAUGUUUCCUCCAUCAAGAACGGACCAGCUGGAGAGGCAGUCAUGAACAAGAAGGGCCCCAUGACUGACGGCAGAGGAGUGGGCAGUGAAUCAGACCAUAUGGAAAGGCUGCUGAAGCCUCUUAGUGGCUUUUCUGGAAUGAGUGGUGAGAUGAAAGAACUGGCUACAAUCAUCAGCAGGGACAUCUAUUUGCACAGCCCCAACGUGCGGUGGGAGGACAUCAUUGGCCUGGAGGACGCAAAGCGAUUAGUCAAAGAAGCUGUCGUCUAUCCCAUUAAGUACCCCCAGCUGUUUACAGGCAUCCUGUCUCCAUGGAAGGGCUUGCUGCUCUAUGGCCCCCCAGGUACAGGUAAGACCCUGCUGGCCAAGGCCGUGGCUACAGAAUGUAAGACAACCUUCUUUAACAUCUCAGCCUCGAGCAUCGUCAGCAAGUGGAGAGGAGACUCUGAGAAACUGGUCAGGGUCCUGUUUGAGCUGGCCAGGUACCACGCCCCAUCUACCAUCUUCCUGGAUGAGCUGGAGUCAGUGAUGGGCCAGAGAGGAAUCAGCAUGGGAGGAGAGCACGAGGGCAGUCGCAGGAUGAAGACAGAGUUGCUGGUCCAGAUGGACGGACUGGCGAGAUCAGAGGACUUGGUGUUUGUUCUGGCUGCCUCCAAUCUGCCAUGGGAACUGGACCAUGCCAUGCUGAGGAGGUUAGAGAAGAGGAUUCUGGUUGGUCUUCCUUCCUCACCAGCUCGCCAAGCCAUGAUGUCUCAUUGGCUGCCUCCUCUUAGCGCCACAGGAGGGGUGGAGCUACGAACUGAGCUGGAAUAUGAAACUCUGGCAAAGGAGAUGGAGGGUUACUCUGGCUCUGACAUCAGACUGGUGUGUAAGGAGGCUGCCAUGAGACCAGUUCGCAAGAUCUUUGAUGCUCUGGAGGCACAUCAGGAUGGAGAUACUGACAUGCCUGCCAUCCAGCUGGAAACCGUGACAACAGCAGACUUCCUGGAAGUCUUAGCACACACGAAACCCUCAGCCCGAAACCUGAUGGAGAGAUACUCAGCCUGGGAGAGACAGUAUGAGUCUGUCUGA